ACCUCUGCUUUACCUUCCUACAAAAACCAUCCAUUUACAAAACAACAGAUAGAUACAAAAAAGCUUCUCAAGAUCUUCUUUCACAAGGCUUCUCCAAUUCACGAAGUACCAAAACUCGCUUCUAAAAGAAACACCAUGAGUUAUCUUAACAAGGUCUGGAUGGCAGCAUCAUUCGUCGCCGUUCAAGGAAACGCCGAUCACGGCGUCAAGUUGAAAAGCGGAAUCACCUCCGCUCACCGUCUCCAACGCAGGCUUUCCUCCGAUCUCCGUCCUCUCGCCGCCGCAGAUCUCGCCGGCGACGGUAUCCCAUCUGAAGAUAGACGUCAUCACUCUUCUUCCGCUCCCGCCGAUGAGUCUCUCCGCCAAGUCAUGUACCUCAACUGCUGGGCUCAAGGCUAAAAUUCUUUAAUAACAUCUCCCCAUCUGAAGAUGAUGGUGAUUAACUCCCUCUCAUGAACUCGAUCGCUUGAGUCAAGAUUCUGGAUGCUAACUGUAUAUAGUUUUGGUUUCAUCUGGUUGAUGGUUUGACUCGCUCUUCUGCUCAUGGACUCCUCGUUUGAGUCAUCUUUUUAUGGAUGCAAACUGUAUAUAUAGUUUGGUUACGUCUCUGUGAUUAUUAGAAAUGUUUGAAAAGUUCAAAGCUAAAGCGUUUCGAUUCGAUCAUUACAACUACUCUGUUUCUGUUUCGCUUGUCUUUUUUCUAUGCAAUCUUGAUAGCGAUUACCACUUUAAUUCAA